AUGAUACAAAUCAAGCAAAUUCAUGCACAGCUCACCACCACUGGACUCAUGCUUUCCGACGUCCACCUCCAAGGCCGCUUCCUCUCCUUAGCCGCCAGCUUAGAUUCCGGUGACCUUCACUACCCCGCCCUCAUCUUCUCCCAGCUCCACCACCCAAACAUCUUCUUCUACAACACUAUGAUAAGAGCCUAUUCCAUGACUGUCACCCCAUUAAACUCCAUUUCCGUGUAUACCCAAAUCCUCCAGGCAAACCUCCUCCCCGAUAUCUACACCUUCCCUUUUCUCCUCAAAGCAUGUUCCCAAGGUCCCGCCUUUGUGCAGGGUCAGUCGGUCCACGGGCAGGCGGUCAAAUUUGGCUUGGAUUCGUACAUUUAUGUUAACAAUGCUCUCAUUCACUUCUACUCCAUAACUGGCCACAUCGAAGAUGCAAGGCAAUUGUUUGAUGGUGCCGAAGAAUUAGAUGUCGUUUCUUGGAACUCUAUGAUCAGUUCUUAUGCUAGGAUUGGCCAUAUUAGGACAGCCAAGUCCCUGUUCGAUCAAAUGCCUGAUAGAAAUACAAUCUCCUGGAGUGCUUUGAUUGCUGGGUAUGUCCAAUGUGGGCUGUCCAGGGAGGCUUUAAGUCAUUUUUCUAGAAUGCAAGCUGAGCUAAUUAAACCCAAUGAGGUCACUUUGGUGAGUGUGCUAUCAGCUUGUGCCCAGUUGGGUGCACUUGAACAAGGCAAAUGGGUGCAUGGAUACUUGAAGUCUAACAACAUGGAAGGGAGCGUUUUCUUGGGUACUUCACUAAUCGACAUGUAUGCCAAGUGCGGAGAAGUAGAAUUGGCUAAAGAGGUUUUUAAUGGGAUGAAAGCUAAAAAUUUGUUGGCUUGGACUACUAUGAUCAAGGGGCUUGCUAUGCAUGGUCGAGGCCAAGUAGCACUUGCUCUCUACUCAGAUAUGGAGAUGGCCGGUAUAGUGCCUGAUGAUGUAACCUUCAUUGGGGUCCUCUGUGCCUGCACACAUUCCGGCCUGGUUGAUCAAGGGCGUCAAAUUUUCGAGUCAAUGAGUAGAAACUACGGCAUUUUGCCUAAAAUUGAACAUUAUGGUUGCAUGGUGGAUCUUUUGGCACGCUGUGGGCUACUUGAUGAGGCAAAACAUAUGGUUGACAACAUGCCAAUGGAGCCUGAUGCCCUUAUUUGGGGAGCACUCAUGGCAGGUUGUAGAUAUUACCGGAAUGUCGAACUGGCAGAGUAUGUGGGGAAGCAAUUGAUUCAGUUAGAGCCUGAUAAUGGUGGAGUAUAUGUGCUUCUGGCCAACAUAUAUGCAGCAUCAGGAAGGCUGCAGGAUGCGAGAAAGGUGAGAGAGAUGAUGGAAACAAAGGGUAUUGUUAAGGUUGCAGGUUGUAGCGUAGUUGAGAUCAGAGGAACUGUCUACCAAUUCAUUGUGGGUGACACCACGCAUCCCCAAAUAAGGGAAAUUUUAAUGAAAUGGGAGGAGAUUGAGAAGAAAUUGGAAUUGGAAGGAUACUGCCCUAACAAAACAGAGAUUUUUCUCGACAUUGACGAGGAAGACAAGGAAGAAGCACUGGCUCGUCAUAGUGAGAAGUUGGCGAUUGCUUUUGCAUUGAUUGAUAACGUAAAUGGAGUCCCCAUUCGUAUAGUAAAAAACCUACGAGUUUGUAGUGAUUGUCAUACUGUCACCAAACUGAUCUCUAAAAUUUAUAAUCGAGAAAUAGUUGUUAGAGAUAGAACACGGUUCCAUCUUUUCAAGGAUGGUUCUUGUACUUGUAAAGACUACUGGUGA